GACUCCGACACUGACACAUUCGCUUCGCUGCUGUUGCUGCUGGCUGCACGCGCGCAUGCCACCGACAACGAGCGAGACUCGGCAGUCUGACACUCGGCGUUAACCGCGCGCGCAACCAUAUAUGUAUAGUCUCGUGCAUGUAUACCUGUAAUCUCCGCUGCGGGUUAUCAUAUACACAUAUAGGUGUAUACGUGUAGUGAGCGAUCCGCCUGCUCGUCGUCGCGACAUAUUCUCUCUCUCCCCAAAUAAUAAAUAUAUUAAUAGUAAUCGUCAGCAGCAGCAUGUUGUUGCGAUACGUCGCGGCGAUUAUUAUUGCGGAGCAGCAGCGCAGCAGUAGCUAGAUAGUAUAAAGCGCCAACCAUCGUUGUGUUGUGGCUGUAUAUAUGUAACGAUACACAAACUCGCACCGCGUGAACACACUCCGUGCGAAGCAGACACACAACUGUUGCUAUUAUAAUACACCAUCCAUUAUUAUAAUUGAUUUAUAUAUAUACGUGCGCGAUACGUGUGUAUGUAUUUAUAACGCAGAGACAACUUCGAGGUCUCUCUUUCUCUCUCUCUCUCUCUCUCUCUCUCUCGUGUGCAACGCCAUGUGCGUUGCCGUUCAGAAGCUCGCGAUGAUUCGCGUGUAAUAAGUGUGAACCAUAACCCAGUGUGUGUGCCUGUGUGAGCCAUGUUGUUGUCCUUCAUGGAAUCCACCUGUGCAGCAACAGCAGCAGUAGCAGCAGAAGAAGCAACAGCAGCAGCCAUGAGCUCCUAACACACCUGCGUGUGGUGCGGAGUCGUCGUCGAGGCACGAGUCAUCGUCCUGCCCACGCGUGUUUCUCUCUCUCUCUCUCUCAGAUCUUCUUCUUCUUCUACUUGCCUAUCUCGUUGACGCGCUUUUUUGGCCGCGUCGUAAGUAUACACAAAACCACGCAUGCUACUGACGCUGUGUUGCUACUCUGGGCAAACUGCCAGGUAGCCUUCAUAUACACACCUCUCACUCGCUCUCUCUCACAUGCAUUGCCUCCUCUUUUUGGAGCUUGCACAAGUUCACAAUGCUGUGAUCAAUGUUUUGCAUCGUCAAUAAGCAUUGACCCAGUAGCCAAUUGUUAACAAACAAUUACAUUAUGCAAUACACAACUCUGAUGUUUACUUACUGAAUGUCAGAGAGCAUCUCUCUCAGCUCCAUAUUCGUCAUCAUCCUUAACACCCACCACCCAGUGCCGUUGACCAUUGUUCCAUAUUUAUAUGGCUUUAAUGACACUCACAACUGACACUUACUGUAGGAAGUGUUGGAACGAUGGAUCAACCUAGAAACCGACCAAGCAGACCUCGUCUGCGAAUGCACAGCAACUCGGCCCGAGUUCUGGUGUUCGAUCAAGCAGAGUCGGAACAAGUAGCUGGAAAAAUGGAAUCUGACAGGCAACAACAGACAAAACCAGCUACGUCCAUGGGAGAGAGCAAGGAGGCUCCAGUUCCAACAGUGAGUAAUGCUGAAACUUCAAAUCUAGUUCGAAUGCGCAACUCUGCAUUUGGAAAGUCAGCUCCAUCUCUUUCUAUUCACAUGCGUGAUUUCAACGUCCCACGUCGUUCGACCAAAGCAUCUCACAGAAAAUCUUUCAUUUCAACGACGUCUCCAACUUUACCUCGUUGUCACUCGCCCUUGUCAGCAUUCAUGCCGGUGGCAGGAAGUCCUUUGGAGAGCCCUCGCAUGUCAUCCAGUCCUCACUUUGCUUUCGUUCCUAUCAAGCGAAUUAGCGUGGGAACGACUAAUGCCGGUGACGGUCGACGAUGGUCUGUGGCGAGCUUACCCUCCAGCGGUUACGGCACCACUCCUGGAUCGAGCAACGUUUCGUCGCAGUGCUCGAGUCAAGAGCGCCUGCACCAGCUGCCGAUGAUGCCGACCAAGGACGAGCUCCGCAUGCUGUCCUGUCACUUCUCCAAACCCGGCACGCCUUGCUCCGGAGUCCAUCCCGGCUUUCCGAACAUGGGUAACAUGAUCGGCGGCCAAGGCCAAGGCGGCGGUGGCCUCGACGAGCUCAACGAGACGGGUCGUCGCUCGCCCCUGCAUCGGCCGCGCUCGCGCAGUCUCAGCAGUCCCAGUCGCUCGCCCAUCCUCGACAGCGAGAUCGUCAUGAUGAACACGAUGUACAAGGAGCGCUUCCCCAAGGCCACCCAGCAGAUGGAGGAGCGCCUGACCAGCUUCAUCAACGAUAACAAGGACGUCGACGAGUACGACGUCGUGUCGCAAAUGGCACCGGACUCGCUGCCGAUUCUGCGCUUUGUUCAUCACCAGAUCAUCGAGAUGGCGCGCGACUGUCUGCACAAGUCGCAAGAGAAGCUCAUUACCACGCGCUACUUCUACGAGAUGACGGAGAACCUCGAGCGUCUGCUGAUGGAGACAAGAGAAAAAUCUUUGGAAGCUGCAACGCGUCUAACUGGUCUCAUUAAGAAACUGCUUCUGAUCAUAUCAAGACCUGCUCGUCUGCUCGAGUGUCUCGAAUUCGACCCAGAAGAAUUUUACCAUCUCCUCGAGCAAGCCGAAGGACAAGCUAAAAUCACGAUCGGCAUUGAAAAAGAUAUACCUCAGUACAUCAUUAAUAAAUUGUCAUUGAACCGCGAUCCUAUAUCAGGUAAGUUGGAGAAAAAAGUCUGGUCCGGAUCAAGGUUCGAUUUGCAAUUUAUUGAUCUUCAAGAAGAAAUGAAUAAAUUAGAGGAUCCAAAUAACUCCGCGGAAAGUCAACAGCGUGAAGAUAAUUGUACCUCUAACAAGUCUGAUGAAGAUAAGCAAGUUCAGCAGAGAAUACCCUGCGAAGAUGAUUAUGAAAUACUGAAACUUAUCAGCAAUGGUGCUUAUGGAGCUGUGUAUAUGGUUAAAGAAAAGUCGAGUAGGCAGCGUUUUGCUAUGAAGAAAAUUAAUAAGAAUAAUUUAAUGCUGAGAAAUCAAGUGGAACAAGUGUUUGCGGAAAGAGACAUCAUGAGUUUUACAGACAAUCCUUUUGUAGUUUCCAUGUAUUGCAGUUUUGAAACAAAGAAACAUUUGUGUUUGGUUAUGGAGUAUGUCGAAGGUGGUGAUUGUGCUAGUUUAUUAAAAAAUAUCGGUCCUCUACCUCCCGACAUGGCCAGAUUUUAUUUUGCUGAAACUGUUUUGGCAGUUGAAUAUCUUCACAGUUAUGGGAUUGUUCACAGGGAUCUCAAACCUGAUAACUUGCUCAUCACGGCGUUAGGACACAUAAAGUUAACCGACUUUGGUUUGAGUAAAAUGGGUCUCAUGUCACUUGCUACCAACUUGUACGAGGGAUACAUUGAAAAGGAUACCCGACAGUUUUCGGAUAAGCAAGUAUUUGGAACUCCCGAGUACAUCGCACCUGAGGUGAUUCUACGUCAGGGCUACGGCAAACCCGUCGAUUGGUGGUCAAUGGGUAUAAUAUUGUACGAAUUCUUGAUCGGUUGCGUGCCCUUCUUCGGUGAUACGCCGGAGGAGUUAUUCGCGCACACCGUGAACGACGACAUCGAGUGGCCCGACGAGGAGGAUUUUACGGUUCAGCCCGAAGCCAAGGACAUCAUCACCGCGCUUCUGCAGCAGAGUCCCAGAGAUCGACUCGGUACGGGCGGUUCGCACGAGGUCAAAGAUCAUCCGUACUUUUACGGCGUGAACUGGAACAGUUUGUUGAGGCAAAAGGCCGAAUUCGUUCCCCAAUUGUCGAACGAAGAGGACACCAGCUAUUUCGACAGUCGCAUGGAUCGCUACAAUCACGAUCUGGGCGACGACACCGACGACACCGACGAUUCCCCGCUGUUCGGUUCGUUCUCGUCGUACUCGCCACAAUCGCGAAAGAUAUCUCAGACGCGGCCACCCGAUCCAGAAUCGGACACGCAGAAGAAGCAGCUUUUCCGGAACGAACUUGAACGUACGGUCGCUCAACUCAGCUUGAACUCUCCAGUAUCUACCGCGCAUAGCAGUCCGCACAAGGCAGAGGAAGGUGCUACGAAACCGUCUAGUGCAAUGCAGCAGCAGCUACAGCUACAGCAGACACCGGUACAAUCUCAUGCGCUCGUCAGACCGAGCCUGUCGAUAGAAAAUUCUCCAGGCAAAUCUGCCGCUAGUCAGCAGCACGCCGCGACGAGCGACCAUCCCGUCGAGUUUCAGAUGAUGACGGUGAGACGGAUAACGCCGCCCACGCCGAAGACCUGCUAUCACAGUACACCGGAAAGUUCUCAAACUGAGUCGGACGACAUCAGUCCUCAGAUCCAGCGUAAACGUCACAUUCAUUCCCGAGACAAGCUGCCGAAACUCGAUCUGGGCGCGUCGAGCAAGGAUCUCGUCGAGGACAAGCACAACUCUAGUACUGAUUCUUACGAGUCGACUAGUGCCACGGCCAGCAGUGCCGCUGGACCCAUGCCACCGAGUGGCAAACUUAAAACGCGCUCGGUCAUUAAAUCCGCAUCUACGAGUGGCCUCUCCCUAGUCAUACCUAAUUGCGACUUUUCAUUUGAACCGUCGACUUCCACUCAAGCGAUCGAGUCUCCUGGUGGCUCAUCUACGGCAUCUUCACGUGACACCUCGCCUUGUCGUGAGCUCAGUCCUUUGGUUACCAACCUUAAACCUCCCAUUAUUAUACGGCGCGGACCCAAUGGUUUCGGCUUCACGGUGCACACGAUACGAGUGUAUUACGGUGAUACUGAUUUCUACACUAUGCACCAUCUAGUCAUGGCUGUGGAUCAAUCAAGUCCAGCGUUCGAAGCUGGUUUGCGGCCAGGUGAUCUGAUCACCCACAUCAACGGUGAACCGGUACAAGGUUUGUAUCACACGCAAGUACUGCAGCUCAUGUUGAGCGGAGGCGACCACGUGACGUUGCGAAGCACACCGCUGGAGAACACGAGCAUCAAGAGCGGCGGCAGGAAGCGCGAGCCGGCCCAGUGCAAGAUGGCGAAACGAGCUCUGCGACAGAGGCGUCAGAAGCGCGAUCACUCUGACAAGAAGCGAAAGACUUCGCUCUUCCGAAAGAUCAGCUCGAAAAGAGCCAGUGCCGAGAUGCAACAGCCAUUAACUAUCAGUUGUCCCAUGUCAGCACCUAAUAUGUCCAGCAACAACAAAUCACACAUGAUGGCCGCGGGCUUGUGCUCACCGUCGAUGAUGACACCGACUCGCUCAUUCCAGGCGUUCGUUCGAUCGCAGCAAUCGGACAGCAAUUCGCCGCAACACUUCAGUCCGUCCCCGCCGACCGGAGCCAACCGUCCAGGAUGCUCGGAGUCGUACCACUCGACCGGUAAUUCGAGCCCCUGCUCCAGUCCGAACUCGUCGCCCGGAUCCAGCGUCUCGUUGAGUAGCGGCGCGGCGACCAGCGGACAGGCGCACUACCAGCGACCGUCGACGCUGCACGGGCUGAAGCACAAACUGCACACGGCGGCGAAGAACAUUCACUCGCCGAACAGGCGGAAAUCUGUCGGUCACAUUCCAUUGUCUCCGCUGGCUCGCACUCCUAGCCCCUCGCCUCUACCGGCCAGCCCCACUCGCAGUCCUAGUCCUUUAGCUUUUCCUACUGGCCAUCAACCUGGCAGUUCAAAUACCACACAGUCUUACAGUCCUGGUGCUUCAUUGUCAACGCCAAACAGUCAGAAGAAAACCUACGGUCGACCCAAAUCUGCCGAACCGGGUUCACCUCUGCUGAGGCGCGCUCUCAGUCCCGAUCGACUUCACCCGCGUUCUGCUGAAUCCAAAACUUCUAUUUCGCCACUUGCUAACAGCGGAAAUGGUAGUUCCUCCAGCUCUUCUAGCCCAAAAGUGCAACAAUCCGCUCGACUUUCGCUACAGUUGAUUUCCAGCAGCUCGAGCUUAACGAGCUGCACGACGAGCCAGCAAGAGAGUGGAGAUUCUGCGUCGAGUGAGAUCGUUUCCUCGAAAGGGAACGGUGGUCAGCAAUUGUCGCAACAGCAGCAGCAACAGGUGUUGAAAGACGAAGAGAAGCAGGAUUACUCCACGCAGAAGAUAUCUCACAGCAUAUCUAUCAGUAUAGCCAGUACCCAGAGCUCGGGUCAAUUGCCGAGGAUAGCCGAAGAGAAGGACUCGCCAACGGGCACGAAGCCAGAGUUCGAAACAACCACACUUCCUGCCUCCGGUCCGGUGAACAAACUAGUAAAGCAGAUUCAGGAUGAGGCUAUCUGUUGCGACAGCUACGAUCCGCACAGACGCUCCGCCGAGGCCUCGAGUACGAGUCCGUCUAAAAAACAAGAUUCGCUCGAUAAAUGUAAGUAAGAGCCGACUGUGAUCUAUUCAGCAGCAAUAGCGGCAAUACUUGACAUUUUUUGCGGAUAAAUUCUCUGUAACUAUUUUACGCUAACUUUGCUGAGCUUAUUUUUCCGUAAAGGCUUUAGCCGUGAAAACAUUUUUCAGUCUUCGUUACGGUCUUUUUUAUUAUUGAUUCACUAAAAUGAUCGAGCUGACUUUACUAAUCAGGUUUCUGAUUUUUUUAUCAAUUCACACGCACGCUACAAAUAAAAAUCACACUGCCUUUUAAACAUUUACUUUUUUGAAGGGAGCCCUCUCGUAAAUCAACGCGCUUGUUCAAUCCGUUGUUCGAGGAUUGACGAGCGAAACACGUAUCACGAACUCACUCACGUAUAUCUUCAAUGUAUUGCUCGUUGUAAAUUGUUCACUAGUAUAUCCGUUUGAGAAAUGAAAGAGUUGAAUAGAUUCACUGCUGUACCUUCAUUUUUGUCGAUUCGACAAUGAUUAAUUCUUGUGAGAAACUCUAAGUGCUACGAACACAUCGUACGCUUUUUUUGUAAAACGUUUAGAUUUGAUCUCAAACAUUUGUUAACUUUUUCUUACGUGAUUAAAAAUGAUAUUUGUACAAAUUAAAAGUGUUACAUUAUACUAAUCAUUUCGUUUUGCGCAGAUUUCGAUUCAAUUCCGUGCCAAUUAUAAAAUAAAUAAGUGUGAUGACUAAUCGCGUGCGCUUCGGCGCUGUAAUCAAGUGACUUCUUGAUUAUCUUAUUUUUUCAACUGUAUACAGUCAUAAUUUUUGUAUUACACUAAACUAAAAAUUAUUCAAAGAUUUAUAGUCACGUUUAUAUAGACAUCUUAUGUAUGUGUAACGGUGGUAAUUCUGCCGAAAAAAUUGUAGUCGCAAGAGUAAGCGACACGUUUACGAAAACUAAUAAUAAAUGGUUAAAAAUUUAGAAAAAUAAAUUCGGCGAUUGUUUCUGUAAAAACUAAUUGUGAAAUUAAUGUUAAAACUGUAAAAGUAUUCGACGAUACAGUAUGAGUUGUAUAAUCUAAGAUUACGAUAGUUAUGAAUGUUAUAACCAAUCGUGGAUAUUUUAGGCUGUUUGGAUGGAUUAGAUUAUUUUGUAUGAAUCCUAAGGUUUAUCGAGAUAUGUAACAAGUAAGGUUCAUCUUUUGGAAUGAUGAUUAUGCGCGCACGUUGCUAGGACUCAUUUAUACAUAUUACUCAUAUGAGCGUGCGCUUCUUUAUUAUACCGUGUACAUUCUUUUUAUUAUUUGUAUAUUCAUGUCUAUACUCGUUGAUAUGCCUAUUAGAUAGGAAUGAUAUAUUUUAACAUGCAUAAUGUUAUUAUGUAUCGUUUUAGUAACUUGGUUGAAUGCGAUGAUCGCGCAUUUACUUUGCCGUAUAUUUACGCAUGGAAAGAUGAAAAAAUACUAAAUCAAUAAGUAUGUACGGAAAAUUGUAGAAUGAUCAACCACUCUUGUUUAUAACUGUGAUUUCUUCCUGAUAAUGAUUAUAUUUAAAAAAAAGAGUUCGGUAUGUAGACACUCCUAUAAAAUUUACGUAGAAUUGUAUGGAUUAGCUGCACAGUUUGUAUACUCUGACUAGCCUAUCUCUGAAAUAUAUGUAAAAACACUUUCCUGUAAACAAAAAUUUAUUUUCUUAUUGACCUACUUUAUGCUAAGUAAUUGUCUAACAUAAGAUAAUGAAUUACUCUCAAUCUCUUUUUGAUAACGAUGUUUACUACUACGUGUGGGCGUGAAACAAAUAUUUUGAAAAUGGAAAUUCAUCUUAUAUUUAAAUCAGUGCCUGGAAAUGCUGGGUAUUUCCUUAUACACCGAGGCUAUGAUGUUUGAAGUUUGUUCUAACACGAUGAUUUCCAAUAAUCUUAUGCAAAAUCAAAUAAUUAUUGAAAUAUUAAUGGAAGUGUUUUUCUCAUCUUUCAAAGGAAGUGCACAGCAGUAUAAGUAAAUAAUUCAGUGUAUUAUAUCACAUCAUCAUUAAUGGCGUAAAAAUCUAUCAAUAAAAAAGUAACGCAUUUUAAA